AUGAGCCAGCCACCGGCACAACCGGCGCUGACGCCGCAAUUCUGCUUCUCGAGCUUGGCGCUCCGAGAGUUCCUCCGGCUCUCUCGCAGCGCGAUCGACGACUCGAUAACGCAGAACCUCAACGCCCUCGUCACGCCCUCGGCCUCGGGCUUCGACCCGGCCUCGACGCACCAGCGCGGCACCGGCGCCGCCUUCUCGUCCCGCGGCGGGCGGGUCGACGGCGCCCGGUGCGCGGCGUUCAAGGACAAGGUGCUGUUCCCGACGUGGCAGGCGCGGUCGGACGUGCUGCACUACUGCGCGGCCGUGGCGACGAGCCCGGACCCGGACGACCCCUCGGCGGCGCUGCGCGAGGCCGAGGCCGAGCGCGACCGGGAGCGCGUCAUCGACGAGCGGCUCGACCCCUACUCGGCGCGGUUUUUCCCCACCGAGGCGCGCACCGAGCGGCUCGCGGCCCUGCUGCGGAUGGAGAAGGGCGUGGAGAACAUCGUGCGGGCGAGGACGUGGGCGGUCGUGAGGGAGCGGUGCGACCCGGCCGGAGGAGGGUUCGGCGGCGGGGAGGAGGCGUGGGAGGCUGCGCUGGGCAAGUGGAGGGCGCAGCGGCACGGACAGCAGAACGGUCCUUGA